AUGCCUAUGAACACCAUCACUGAGGUAGAAUUAUUUGAUGUAUGGGGGAUAGAUUUUAUGGGUCCGUUCCCAAAAUCAGGGGAGUACCAAUACAUUUUACUUGCAGUUGAAUAUGUGUCUAGAUGGGUGGAAGCAAUUCCUACCAAAACUAAUGAUUCUAAAGAUGUAACUGCCUUUGUGAGGAAAAACAUUUUUAGCAGGUUUGGUACACCCAGCGCUCUUAUAAGUGAUGGAGGAUCUCACUUCAACAAUAGGUGGCUAAACAACGUAUUGGACAAGUAUGGAGUCAAGGAUAGAGUCACCUCCCCUUACCACCCCCAAGCCAAUGGGCAGACCAAGCUAGCAAAUAGGGAGAUCAAGUCCGUUCUACAGAAAACAGUGAGCACUAAUAGAAAGGAUUGGGCACUCAGUUUGGAUGAUGCAUUGUGGGCGAUAAAGAAGUUGAAUCAAGAUUUCCAAAAGGCCGGCGAAAAAAGGCGCCUCUUUCUCAACGAGAUGGACGAGUUUUUAAUGGAAGCCUAUGAUAGCUCGUCUACUUACAAAGAAAGGAUGAAGGCCUACCAUGAUAGGAUGAUUAGUCCACGAGAGCUCACCUUGGAGGAUGCAGUUUUGUUGCAUAAUUCGAGACUCUCUCUUUUCCCCGGAAAGUUGAAGUCCAAAUGGACCGGUCCAUGCAUGAUCAAGAAAAUCUAUGAUAGUGGAAAAAUUGAGUUGCUAGCUUCGGAUGGAAUGUUGUUUCAAGCCAAUGGCCGCCGUGUGAAGAAAUACUAUAGUUCGGAUAAGGUGAUUGAAGAGGAAGUGACACUAGAAGAACCACCCAAGGAGUAA